AUGUCAAGGCUCGUGGGGAUGAUGCGGUCAACGCGCCCAAAGAAACUCACCUCCAAACAGCCUAUUCCUAUAUUCCGAGAGGAUCAGAUUGAUGUCAUCGAGGAUGAGGUCCAAACUACUCUACAAUCUAUCGAAACCGGAGUGGAGAAGGCUGAGGAGACUGAAAUCCAUCUCCAAGAGGCAAUAAAUGCUGCUGCUCGUGGCAAUGUUGCGCAGGCUCAUAUCCCUACCCCCGAAACCGUCAAGAGCUCCCUUCAAUAUGACUCCAUAUACAAACCUACCUUUUCGCAACCUGCCACGUACAUCCGCUUUUCGUCCACCGUGGAGGAUUGCAGCGGCUGUAGUUAUAAUUUAGUGGAUGAGGACGAUGUCGCUCUUAAGAUUUUGAACCAGAAGAAAGAUGCGUCCACACAAUGUACCGAAGAUCAAUUCGAAGUGGUCAUGGCCUUCUUCGAAGAGACUGCCCAGACCAAGCAACCUUUUGCGGCGGUCGAUAGCCCUCCGGUGCUCCCAUACUCUGAGAUGGAAAAUUCCUUUGACGGUCUCGUAGAUGAGAGUGUAAGGCAGUUUGCCAAUGAUAUAUAUGAACACUGGAAGGCCAGGAGAAACAAAACUGGAAACCGCCCGUUACAAACAGGACUUAAAUUUGAAACCGGCCAGGAUACAGACGAUGGUGACCCAUACGUUUGCUUUCGUAGAAGGGAGGUGCGACAAGUCCGCAAGACCCGUGGUAGAGAUGCCCAGAGUGCCGAGAAGCUGCGGAGGCUCAGAAAGGAGCUAGAAGAUGCCAGAGAGCUGGUCGCUAUGGUGCGCCAACGCGAAUUGGCAAGGAGAGAACUGCUUAUCGCCGAGCGACAAGUCUUUGUCCAACGGGCUGAAGUAAAAGAGACGAAACGAAAACUGGGCAUCAAAGAUGACGAUGAUGACCUCAUCAACCAGAAGCCAAAGAAAAAGGUGGCAGAAGUCCCCGCUGGCAACCGACCAGUUGCUCCUCAGCUCCGUAUGCCUCCUCGAGCUGGAGGGCCUGGAGAGGACCUGGUAUUGUUGGAAGAUGUACAGGUAGAUAAAGAAAAUGAGGUUUUGCGCGAAAUCAAACAAAACAUUGCGAAGCAUGCCAAGUGGAAUGAAGGAUAUGUCGACUGGACGACAGCACCACUUACCCCAACUUCAGAACAUAGUUUUGAUGCUGAGUUCCGCCCAGCAAUCAUCACAGAGUAUCUUCCGACGCCACCAGCAUCGGAGUCCUCUGAUAACAUGCGAGACGCAGUUGCAGAUAGGAACCAUUCCGAUGCAUUAGACAAGCUUGUGAGAACUGUGCGCUAUUGUACCCCUUCUGAUGAGGAGUCGAGUAGAACCAUGCCAUCAUUCCGGCGGCGAAUAGGACGAGGCGGGCGAAUGAUAAUUGACCGUCGCAAUCUCCCAUUCCGAAAUAGGUCAGAGGUUGAUCCCAUAAAACUCGAGCGUUUCAAGUAUGAUCUGGAAGACGAGGACGCAAAUCCGAUAUUUGAAAAGGACCAGUUCGACAUUCAGAUCAUGCAGCAUCGUGCGUAUCUCUCUGCGAAGUCAAGAGAUCAAGCAGCAGCGCACGCUCAGCUUCAAGCUCAGGUUCAAGCCCAAAGGCGCCUGCAGGGAGAAGCUGUGGUCACGGCUAGUCCGAACGGUUCCAUGAAUGGAACAACGAACAUCGUGCUCAAGGGACCUUAA